CCAGACAACAAGAAAGAUUCUACUCUAAAUGGCCGACAAGCUCCUUUUAUUGGCAUUAAAAUCAAAACCUAAAAAAUUAUCGUUAUGCAAUAAAAACUUGGAGUUUAUUCCAAAAAUUAUUGGGAAACUUGACUGUAUUUGUCAAUUACAAUUAAAAAAUAAUAAAAUAAAGACACUUCCCGAAGAAUUUAUCACACUUUAUAAGCUCCAAUCACUUAAUUUGGGUAACAAUGAAUUUGAAGAAUUUGACUCAGUUUUUCAACAUCUUGAAAGCCUUCAAAGACUUCAUCUGUUUGGAAAUAAGAUAAUGUCCAUAAAUGGAAAUUUAUUAAUUGGUUUGAAAAAUUUGACUUUUUUGAAUUUGAAUGGAAACAAGUUAAGAACUUUGCCAAAGGAAAUUUGCAAUUUGUCUAGCAUACAAGAUUUAUCUAUUGACAAUAAUCUGCUCACUGAUUUGCCUGUAGAAUUUUGUGCUUUAAUCUCAUUGAAAGAAUUUCAUGCUGCAGGGAAUAAACUAAUAUCUUUACCAUUGGAGUUUGGAUAUCUCAUUAACUUAGAGAAGUUAUUUUUACAACAGAAUAAAAUAAGAGAGCUUCCAGAGAGCCUUGGUAAAUGCUACAAGCUUCACUAUUUAGAUGUUGCUGCUAAUGAAUUAAGAAUUUUUCCAACAGAGCUCACUAAUCUUCCUCUAACAGAACUUUUUUGUGAGGAAAAUCCAUUGUUGCAAAAUGUACCUGUCCACUCAGUUCAGGAGGAAGAGAUUCUAUCACUGAAGGAGCUUUGUGCAAGAUUUGUAAUGGAGGAACUUAAGGAUAGAUUAUCGCCUUUACGUAAAGCUCUAAGAUACUAUCCAGAUGUUCGUUAUAUGUUAACUCAGUCCAGCAAAUGUGCUGUUUGUAGCCAUGCAUUUCUAAACACUUGGUUGGAAUGUGUCCGAUUCAUUGAUGCCAAAAAGGACCUGAAACUGGGAUCUUGCUCUGGUUCUAUUCCUGUAAGGGCAUUGUUAUGCUCCUACAAAUGUUUUAAUGCUGCUGGCCAUGGUUUCUUUGGAGUCGCUUUUCCUUAAAUGCUUCUAGACAUGUAUUGCGUUUAAGGCCAUAGAAAUCUCUAGACUGGACACAAUUUGUUAACUCUAAAAAAUAUUGUAAUAGUUGUGUUGAGUGUAUUAUGACUUUCACAUCUGUGUACAUUUCCUUUGGCAAAAUUAAAUUGUGCAGCUUGGGUCCAUUACAUGCAUGAAUGUGAUGUGCAGCUUGGGUCGAUACAUGCAUGAAUGUGAUGUGCAGCUUGGGUUGAAUGCAUGAAUGUGAUGUGCAGCUUGGGUCGAAUACAUGCAUGAAUGUGAUGAUGUUAAGAUGGAGGACGUCAGAGAGCAUAAGAAUAAAUGCUGGUCGCCAUUAUUAAAUGGGUAUUUCAAUUUUAUAAAGUUGUAUGUACUUUUAUUUUGAAAUGUACGAGUUAUUUGAUAUAUAUACAAUAAUCAAUUAUUAUGUCAGACAUAUUUUGUAGAGCUUGUUUGAUCUCCACGAUUAACCAUCUGGCAUACGCGGAUUCGAAUGUACCUGCAAAUCUAUCCAACACACCACAAGACAUAAUGAAGCAACUCAGUACCGGUACUGAAUAAUUGUCUUCAGUUGAAUACUUUCAAACUCAAUUCAAUAAAAUGGACAUUAAACUAUUACGUUAUUUGGA